CUCUUUUUAAAUAUAUAUAUAUAUAUAUAUAUAUAACAAAACCGACAAGGCUCUUUGCCACUCUCCCUUCUUCACUGUCUCCCUCCCUUGCUUUCCCCUAGAAACUCUUCACAAAGCCAUGAGUCUAGGCAAGAGCAUCCAGCUUGGAAUUAACGCAAAUUUAAGAGACCCUGGAUCAGAGUUAGUCGCACAAGUCAAUAAAAAAGCAUUUCAGUCAUUUGAUGGCACUAAAGAAAGAAUUAAGAGGAUGUUUGAUAAGAUUGAACUUUCGGUUUCUCCGUAUGACACUGCUUGGGUAGCAAUGAUCCCAUCUUUGAAUUCCGUACAAGCUCCUUUCUUUCCUGAGUGCACAAAAUGGAUAGUUGAUAAUCAACUUAGUGAUGGUUCUUGGGGUCUUCCUCAUCACCAUCCAUUGUUAAUAAAGGAUACCCUUUCAUCCACAUUAGCAUGCGUCCUUGCAUUGAAGAAAUGGGGAGUUGGUGAAACCCUGGUUAACAAAGGUCUGCAGUUUAUUGAAUUAAAUUCAACUUCAUUAAAUGAUGAGAAACAACAUACGCCAAUUGGAUUUGAUAUAAUAUUUCCUGCUAUGCUUGAGCAUGCUAAAGAGUUGGCUUUGAACCUGCCUUUGAAAUCAGAUGUUAUAGAUGCAAUGCUCCACAGGAGAGAUGUGGAUCUUAAGAGUGGCUCUGGUGGCAGCAAUACAGAGGGAAGAAAAGCCUACUUAGCUUACAUUGCAGAAGGGAUCAGAAAAUUCCAGGAUUGGGAAAUGGUCAUGAAGUAUCAACGAAAGAAUGGUUCACUGUUCAAUUCACCAUCUACCACUGCAGCUGCUUUUAGUCAUCUUCGUAAUGCUGAUUGUCUUCAGUAUCUGCAGUCUGUUUUACAGAAAUAUGGAAAUGCAGUUCCAACUAUUUAUCCACUAGACGUAUAUUCUCGUCUUCUUAUGGUUGACAUUCUUGAAAGGUUGGGAAUUGAUCGGCAUUUCAGGAAGGAAAUAAAAUUAGUACUGGAAGAAACAUACAGAUAUUGGUUGCAGGGGAAUGAAGAAAUAUUUCUAGAUUGUAUUACCUGCGCCAUGGCAUUUCGAAUAUUACGUGUCAAUGGAUAUGAUGUCUCUUCAGAUGUAUUUACCCAAUUUACAGAGGACCAUUUCUUCGAUUCGCUUGGAGGAUAUUUGAAGGACACGAGGACUGUGUUAGAGUUAUACAGAGCUUCACAAAUACUUUAUCCGGAUGAACCACUUUUGGAGAAACAAAAUUCAUGGACAAAUCAUUUCCUGGAGAAGUGUCUAUCCAGUGGUUCCAGUUAUGCUGACGGACCCAGGGAAUGUAUUACUGAAGUGGUGCAUAAUGCUCUCAAUUGUCCCUACUAUGCAGAUUUGGAACGUUUAACUAACAGGAGGAGCAUUGAGAAUUAUAAUGUAGAUGAAACAAGGAUUUUAAAAGCCUCAUAUCGUUGUUUGAACACUGGGAACCAACAUUUUCUUAAACUGGCGGUGGAAGACUUCAACCUCUGCCAAUUGAUACACCAGGAAGAACUUCAACAACUUGGGAGGUGGGUUGUGGAGAAAAGAUUGAACAAGCUAAAGUUUGCCAGGCAGAAGCUGGGUUAUUGUUACUUCUCUGCUGCAGCUACUCUCUUUGCUCCUGAAUUAUCUGAUGCUCGCUUAUCAUGGGCGAAAAACGGUGUGCUUACUACUGUUGUUGACGACUUCUUUGAUGUUGGCGGUUCUGUAGAGGAACUGAUAAACCUUAUCCAGUUGAUUGAGAAGUGGGAUGUAGACGAGAGCACUCACUUCUGUUCUGAGCAAGUUGAGAUCAUAUUUUCAGCACUUCGCAGCACCAUUUCUGAGAUUGGAGACAAAGCAUUCACAUGGCAAGGACGUAAAGUCACAAGUCAUGUCAUCAAAAUUUGGUUGGAUUUGCUGAAGUCAAUGUUGACGGAAACUCUCUGGACGAAAAGCAAGUCAAUACCUACACUUGACGAGUAUAUGAUUAAUGGCUACGUGUCAUUUGCUUUAGGACCAAUUGUCCUCCCAGCUCUUUUUCUUGUUGGACCUAAACUUACAGAGGAGGAUGUUAGGGACCCUGAAUUGCAUGAUCUGUUUAAAGCUAUGGGUACCUGUGGGCGUCUCCUCAAUGAUUGGAGAGGAUUUCAGAGAGAAUCCAAAGAAGGGAAAUUGAAUGCUGUCUCACUGCACAUGAUUCAAGGAAACGGUGGUGUAAAUGAAGAAGAGGCCAUUAGAAAGAUAAAGGUUUUAAUUAACAGUCAGAGGAGUGAACUGCUGAGACUAGUUUUGCGGGAAAAGAACAGUAAUAUCCCAAGAGCAUGCAAGGAUUUGUUUUGGAAAAUGAUCAAAGUGUUGCACCUUUUUUACUUGAAGGAUGAUGGAUUCACUUCAAAUGAAAUGAUCAGUACUGCAAAUGCAGUGAUUACUGAACCUGUCGCAUUCCAUGGACCGGAAAACCCAUGGUAAGGGAAACAAUGAAUGCUGCAACAUUGCAUGUCUUCAUGUCACUAGCAGCGGUGAAAGAUACAACUGAGAAAGAUUAACCGGCGUUGGUAAAGUAAACAGUUUUUUCUAGUAAUAUGGAAUGAGAAACAAUUAGUGGAAGGAAAGUUAUAAUAGUUGCUAAGAAUUAGAGUUGCAUUGUAGAUACAAUAUUGAUAACUUUUAUGUUGUUCUUGGGGUCAUUAAUGACUCUUGACUGAAUCUUUUAACUCUCCACAGUGCCUUUAAUCGUUCCAAUUGAUAUAUUGGUAUA